GCCAAGUGCUAACACACACAUAUGAGUUUCGUUCAGUUUGAAUAUUCCGGCUUCCUCUUUUGACAAAAUUCUAACCAAAUUAAACUAUGGAAUGAUGAGGAUACACCGGUUGCUGUUAAACAAGUGCUCCUGCUACGGUCAUGUGCUGCAGCGAUCGAUGCGGGUCCCCAGGCGGACCAGAACCCCAUUGAGGCAUUAUUUGAAUGCUCCCCUCCAGGUGCGCAAUAGCUUUCAGGGUCCUCGGAGGGAUGUAACCCAGAAAAAAGGUAAUCCCGUUAAGGCCCUGGGUAUCGAGCUAGAGUUAUUUAUGACCAAAGAUGAGCCCCACCAAGUAUCUCUGCCCGUGAUGAUGUACUUCUACAGUCCGCUGAGUCGUCUUUACACCAAGCUUUCUCUGCUCCGGCUUAAGCUUAUGUGGGAUUGGGACUUCUCCGAGCGCAAUUUUCUAGAGAAUUCUUGUGAGGCGGCCGCCGUUUUCACGGACUUUGUAAGACGUCGCCGGAACCGCAAUGUGGAGCGAUGCAGUACGCCCAUGGGCUUUCAGCAGGUGAAGAACGAUCUGUUAGAGGAUCCACUCGACUGGAGGCUCACUAUGAUGCGCUUCGAGAAGCAUCACUUCCGGAGAGCCAUUCCCCUGAAGGUUCAGCUGCUGUGGCACUACGAUCAUCGUUUCGCUUUCCUGGAUGUAGUCUUUGUGGCUCUGCGGCGAUCCAAUGACUUCAAGUCGCCGGCGGAGCUCAAUGAGAUGACUCAGCUGUUGAAGAAGUACGUGGAUCCCACGCAGUUAAGAGUGCCGCACCCCCUGAUCUUCGCCGAGAUCUUUAUGCGCUUCCGGCGCGACUAUUCCGUCAAACCCACGAGAAUGGGCAAUGUUCGGGGCAACAGUCGCUGCAUGGGUCACUGGCUCAUCUCCACGUACAAGGUGGUUCGCUUCGAUAUCCUCAAUGAUCAUCCACUGUUCGAUAUUCCCCAGUUCGUCGAGUGGAUGCCUCCGGUUAUGCCCAGGAUGGGCCGCAGCUUUGAAUAACAUGGGUUUAGCAUUCAAGUCAUAGUAUUAAGUCAUAUACUUGGAGCAGAUUCUUUGUGCUGUAAUAUUCUGGUAUAUGGUAUUGUAAAUUAUUGGGUCAAAAAACCCUCAAAAAAAAAAUCAAACAAAAUUUAACACAAAAUGUAAUAAAAAUUAUGAUCAGAUUAUCAUAAAUACAAAUAAUGUAA